GACCACCUGCGCCACCAGCGACAGGGCGGCGGUGACACUCCCUCCGAGGCGCCCGAAAAGGUUCUGCAAUGUGAUGCUUCCUACCCUCGGGGGCCGGACUCGGUGCAUGUGUCUAACUUUGAGGCCGUAUUCCCGGCACUUGGGCACAGACGCGCUGACGCCGGCACGCGUGCCUUCCCGAAAAUCCUCAGGGCGGCUGUGCCCUUUAGGAGAGGGGGCAGAGCAGCGGUGAUCCCGGGCAACGUCUUCCCUGCCUUCCGCCAAGCAGGCAGCCGUGAGCGCUCGGGAUCAUCCCCAGGGAAGCCCGGCCAGCCCCGGGUAGCCCGAGGCCCCAGCCCGGCCGCCCUUGAAGCCGCGGGAGGCAGCUUCCGAGAAACUCGGGACGCCUUUCCGAGAUAAAGUUUGCGCUGCUACCCUCGCCCGCUCGGUCCCGCCUCCUAGACAGCCCCCUCCUCCCGCGGCGGGCGCGGGCGGGGAGAUGGCCGCGGACUCGGCGACGGGCGCGGGCGCUUCCCAGCGCAAAGGGGCGCCGCGCUCGUAGCCGCCGACACGCUGACCUCCCGCUCCCACCGGCUGCUGCGCUGAACUCCGGCCGCGAGCGCAGGCGGACUCCCGGAGAGGCAGCAGGCGGCGGCGACUACGGCCGGAGGAAAGGUCUGCAUGGCCGCUCCGCGCCGGCCGGUGCUGUGUGCCCGGGAGCUCGCCGGCGGCGCCUCGGGCUCGGAGCGGCUCUAGCCGCGCUGCCUGCGGGGAUCGACCUCGCAGUUCCCGCGGAUCGCGGGCAGGAACCCGAGGAGCAGAAGGCGGCGGCGGCGAUCCCUCCGAAGGGCGAUGUGGCCGGCCGGCGCGGGCACCAAGCUGCCCUGCCCCCGCGACUCUGCGCUCCGGCGGGCGGCUUUCUCCGGGAACCUCACCGCCCUGCCUUCCCACCUCGUGCCCGCCGGCCGCAGCGUCCGGGUCUUCAUCAGCGCCAACCCUGAAGACACGGGAGCAGAAAGACAGGCACUAAGAGAAAAUGUGUAUCCUAAAUUGAGAGAAUUCUGCAGAGAAAAUUAUGGAUUAGAAUUUCAGGUCAUAGAUCUGUACUGGGGAGUGGACGAAGAGGAGUGGGACAGCCCCGAGCUCCAGAAGGCCCGCAUGAAGCUGCUGGAGGAUUGUUUGAAAACUUCUGCAGGUCCAUGUUUUGUUGGACUGUUAGGGGAAAAAUACGGGAACAUCCGGAUCCCUGGAGAGGUGGAGGCCUCAGAGUUUGAAAUGAUUUUGGACGCGGCCAUAGAGGCGAAGCUAGAGACCAAGUUACUGGAAGAGUGGUACUGUCGAGAUGAGAACUCGGUGCCAGCAGCUUAUUACCUCAGACCCAAAUCAGAAAUGCUGAAAGGCAACAAAAAUGCAAUGCAGCCUUCUGCCCAUGCAGAGAAUGAGAAGACCUGGCAAGAAAUCUCAGAUGAGAUCAAAAAGGUAUUUAAGGCUGCUGUGAAACUGCUACACGAACAGGGGAAAAUGAAGCACAGCCAAGCUAAGAGGUACCUGUUCUCAGCUAUAGAGGAUGAGUUUGACUUCGCCCUAGGCAAGCAAACUCCCGCAUUCCUGAAGAAGUGCGUCUGCUACAUUAGGAAAAUUGCUAACAUUGAGCGUUUUGUGAAAAUCCCAGAGAUGGGAAAAUACAUGGAUAUCACUGGGACAGACCCGAGGAUUAUCCGGGACCCAGAAGCCCAAGAGAAGCUGAUAAAACUCAGGGACGAAUUUAUUCCUACGAUUGUUGCGUCAUCUAAUCUCAGAGUAUACACGUCUGUUACUCAUUGUGACAUGAAACUUGGCUAUUCCCAGGAAAUAGAAAAUCACUACAUAGAAGGUCUUGGUAAACAAUUUUAUGAGGACAUGAUCGAUAUAAUUCAGGCAACGGUACAACAGAAUUUUGACACGGAGACUGAUACACUCUACGACGAAAUCCUCCAGCAUUCCUCGUUAUGUAAAACAUAUGCCUCUUUCUAUGAGUACAAGUGCGAAUCUCUAACCAGAGUCCAUAAAUACAUCCUCCCGAGCAAAACCGGGUACAUCAACCCACUUAUUAUAUACGGUGGACCAUGCACGGGGAAGACACUCCUGCUAGCUGAAGUGGCCAAGAAGGCUUAUGGCUGGCUCCAUGAACACACAGGACCAGAAUCAGACCCAGUAAUAGUUGUGCGAUUUCUAGGAAGCACGGACAUGAGUACCGACCUCAGGACGCUCCUCCUGAGUGUUUGCGAACAAUUGGCAGUGAACUACCGGUGUCUGGUUCAAAACUACCCUAAGAAGAUUCAUGACCUCCGUGACUUAUUUAUCAACCUUUUGAAUGAGUCUUCACUGCAGAGACCUCUAGUAAUAAUAUUCGACGCCCUCGAGCAGCUCUCAGAGAGUGACGAGGCCAGGAAGCUUUGGUGGCUCCCUGCUCACCUUCCCCGCUUCGUACGGGUCGUCCUCUCCACACUGCCCAACAAACACGGGAUCCUGCAGAAACUAAGGUGCCUUAUCCACGAGGAAAACAAUUACAUCGAGUUGAUUCCCCGGGACAGGAAGAUGUGCAGCCAGGUCCUCAAGCACCAGCUGCUGCGAGUCAAAAGGAAGGUCACCUCGGGCCAGCAGAUUUACGUGAACAACGCGUUCUCCAAGUGCACGCUGCCCAUGUUCGUGAACCUGACCUUCAGGGAGGUGAGACACUGGCGGUCUCACAAAGAUGUCGAUGAAUCCUCCCUGUGUGUCACCGUUCAUGAAAGUAUAGAGCAGCUCUUCUGGUCCUUGGAGAAGAAGUGUGGCCAGAAACUGGUCUCCAGGGCACUUGGUUACAUCACCAUGGCCAAGAUGGGCUUGAGUGAAAUGGAACUGGAGGAUGUGCUGGCCCUCGACAACAGUGUCAUGAAUGAGCUCAAUGAGCACACCAGGCCCACCAAUCCCCUGAGAGUACCUUACCUGUACAUUGCGAGGCUCAAGGAGGGUCUCAGUGGAUACUUAAUAGAAAGACACGUGAAGAACGUCACACUCCUGGUCUGGGCCAAUAGACACCUGCAGCUCAUAGCCCAGAAGCUGUAUCUGAAGGAAGACAGUCACCUGCAUGAAAUGCACACCAUCCUGGCAGACUAUUUUCUGGGGGUCUGGUCAGGGGGCAGGAGGAAAGCCUUUUGCCUCGAAGACCCCUACUUGAAUGGCUGCCUGGACUUGGAGAGCAGAAGCCUGCUGGAGGAAGAAAAGCACUUCAUGGAACAGGCUUCAUUUGACAGACAGGCCCCAGACCAGCCCUGGGUUUUCCAGUGUAAUCCACUGGAGCCCGACAUCUUUUUCGUCAAUCAUCGGAAAAUGUCCGAGCUCUUGUACCACCUGACGAGGUGUGGAAAGACCGAUGACCUGCUCUACGGCAUCAUCAUGAACUUCAGCUGGCUUUACACCAUGAUCAAAAUUGGCCAGUUCGACAAAGUGCUGUCGGACAUCGAGCUGGCUUACAACUACUCGCAAGAGAAGGAGAUGAAGUUCCUGGCCAACACCCUCCGCAGCCUCAAAAGCAAGGUCAUUGCAUUUCCCGGCUCCCUUUCAGCAGAGCUUCAGCAAAGGCUGCUGCCUGUCCUCAGUUCCCUGCCCAAACUGAGACACCUUCUCCUGGAGUGUGACAAGGACGGGCCCAAAUAUUGCUCCAUUGUGCCGCUACAUUCAUCCAUGGACGUGACAUACAGCCCGGAGCGUCUUCCCUUGGCGUCCAGCCACCUGCACGUCACCGAGAUCCUGCCUACUUGUAACCCCAGGACUGUCCUCACGGCUUUAGAAAGCGGUUCCAUCAGCACCUGGGAUGUGGAAACGCGUCAGCUUCUCAGGCAAAUCACCACGGCCCAGUCCGUCAUCCUGGGCAUGAAACUCAGCGGGGACGAAAAGUAUCUUGUGGUGGCUACGACCAAUAACACCUUGCUGAUUUAUGACAAUGUCAAUUCCUGCCUUCUGUCCGAAGUGGAGAUCAAAGGGACCAAGCAUGGAAGUGGCUCCACCUACAUCAAUGGGUUUACACUGUCCGUCAACCACGCCCUGGCUUGGCUCGAAGCCAGCAAAGACGUCACUGUCAUCGAUCUGCUCUACGGAUGGCCCCUCUACCAGUUCCACUGCUGGUACGAAGUGACGUGUGUGCAGUGCUCUCUGGACGGGGUAUAUGCUUUCUGUGGGCAGUACCUGAACACCACCACCAUCUUCCACUUAGGGAGCGGAGAGAAGUUAUGCACGGUGACGUCCGAAUUUUCAGGGGGCUUUGUGAAAUUCCUCCUGAUCUUGGACACGGCUCAAGAAAUGGUCAUGGUGGACAGUGAGGGGAGCCUUUCCGUCUGGAACACGGAGGACAUUUCCAGCCCCCAGCUGACCGACGACUUUGACUGCCGGAGGGAAGACAGCGAGGUGGUCAGCAUCGAGCUGUCGGAGGACCAAAGUGCAAUUCUGAUCUGUAAAGCCCUCAGCAUUGAGCUCUUGGACACCGGCAUGUGGAAGGUGGCCGAGAAGUUCAGGGCGAAGCACAACGAGCGCUUCAUAUCCGCCGUGCUGUCCAAAAACGGAGACUGCAUCAUCGCGACCAUGGAGAACACCUCCGCCGUGUUUUUCUGGAGGCGGGACACGGGGCAAUGCAUGGCCAGCCUGCAGGAGGUCUCGGGCACCAUCGUGAAGCUGGUGAAGUCCAGUCGCCACAACAUGCUGCUCUCUUUAUCGACCAGCGGCGUGCUGUCCAUCUGGGACGUCGACAUCAUCACGGCCAUGUCCAACAUAGACAAGACCGGGAAGCCCAUCCAGAGCCUGGUGUUGCCCACGAGGGGGGAAAUCAUCUACUCCCUGGACGGCUCGGACUGUGUGCAUAAGUGGAACUUCAGCAGCGGGUUCAUCGAGGCAGUGUUCAAACACGAGGGCGUGGUGGAACACUGCGUGCUGACGUCCACGGGAGACGUGAUGGUGACCUCGGAUGACAAAAGCAGCCAGUACGUCUGGCACACCGGCAGUGGGGACAACCUCUUCCGAAUCAACGGGCAGCGGAUAUCGCAGCUGCUGAUCACACACAACGACCAGUUUGUGGUGUCUCUGUGCGAGGAGAACGCCUCGCGGGUCUGGAGACUGGCCACGGGCCACCGCGUCUGCAACAUCCUGACCUCACUGCAGAACGCCUUCAUCACCUCUGCCAACACCUUCGUGGUGGGCAUGACCCAAAGCAAAGUGCUGGCCGUCAGCCUGUGGACAGGGAGCAUCACCAAGAAGUUCUGCUGCGAGGAUGGCACCACCAUUGUGAGCUUCAAACUCAUCCCCGACUGCCCCGACAUCAUCGUGUUCAUCACGUCGGCCGAGACGGUGAACAUCUGGAGCCUGACGGAUGAGGUGAUCUGUCGCCGCGUGCAGCUUCCCAACAACUUCCUGAAGACCCUGGAGGAUUUUGAAAUUUCUCCCAACGGAAAGUUAGGCAUCAUCUCCCGGGGAGAUGAAAACAUCAACGUGCUAGAUUUGCACAGCGGUAAGCUGCGGGUGGUGCACGCCUCCGGGGUCAUCUGGAGGCAGAGGCUGUCUCGAGAUGGUCGCUACUUGGUGUACAUCUGUUUCCGCAGCGGGGAAGACGAGGAUGAAAAUGGUGCCAUCUCCAGUCUCAUUGUCAUGAGACUGGCCGACGGCAAAAAUAUCGGUGCUUGUUCCCUCUACAAAACACCCACGUUUCUGGCCCUCUCCCAGAGGCACCUGCACAUCGUGGUGGGUUUUGACGACGGGAGCAUAGGGAUUUACACGGUGGUGGACCGUGUGGACGCUGCCCUGAAGAUUAAAAUCGCCACGUCGAAUAGCAGGCAGAUAUUCAACAAUGCGACACAGACAUCCAGGGCAAAGUGUAGCAGCUACUGUUUCAAGGCGUCUGUGGAUUGCUUGUGGAGAGAGUCUACUGAGGUCUUUGCCAGAGACAGUCCGAUCACGGUGAGUGAGCCCACGGAGCCCAACGAGGCGACGCCCUCCAAGAAACACAAUUCUUGCUACGACCGGGUGUGUGCUGCCCUGGAACCCAGGGGCCACAGCUAUGGCCCUGAUAACUGACGGAAAGGUUUUUCCUGCUCAUCAGAGACGCGCGAGACAGGUACCAAAGAGCGGUGGGCGGAGUAUCUCCCGUAUCCCAAAUGAUAAACGACUCAUUUCUUAACAGACAAGAAAGAGGCCCGAGUCCCGGUGUGAAUGAUUCACAUGCUCCUGAAAUGCACAGAAAUGGGAAAUUGGUUUGGUGUUUGUCCUUCCUGUCAUGUUUACCCAGGAUUGAAGUCUUGAGACUUUCCUAGAGAAUUUGUAGAAAUCAUAUUUCAAUGACUACAUCACCUGGGGAGAGAAGGUGGUUUUAAUACUGUGGGGGAAGAAGCAACAUAACUCAGACCAUGGGUCCAGCUGCGAGAGGCUGGAUCAUUUGGACUGGCACCGGUUUUAUAGAAAUCGGAUGAGAUCGCGGACACACAGGGCUGUUUGACUUCCAGUGAUUGUGCGGCCAUAAGUAAACACAGCCUUAAUCUCUUCUCUUACAUUUUACAAUCCUGACAACUGUGUAAACCCAGUCUUCAGAAGGAAGGCCCAACAGUGCAAAAUCAUGUAUCAAAAAUGACCAGAUGUACUCCCAGUUUCCCAAGAGAAAGGAUGUGCAAUGUGAGGCCAUGAACUGGACUGGGACGAGAGCUACCUGCCACCGUCACAGGGCUACCGAACCCGCAGAGUCAGCCUUCGUGAAAAUACAGUUGCGACAAUUGCAUGCCAAGGUUUCUGUAUAACGGGACAUAUGGUUUUUGAAGCUAUUUCCUGGGCUGCAAAAGAACACAUUUACUAAGGAACCACAAUCUUUUCAUGUCUUUUUGCAAUGCCUACGUGUGCUGGGUGCAGAGGAGAUUUUCGGAAAGGGCAUUACAGAUUUGGUCCAAACACCUGUUCAUUUCUAUCAUCAUAGUAACAGAAGUCUGUGCUGUUCAGUAUGGAAGCAUACGUUAUUUCCUAAAUCCCUGCAGUAAAUCUUAACAGAAGGAACGCUUUCUCGUCACGCCAUCUAUGAAACACUGACGACAUCUGCCUUACUCUUACUCCUCCUCUUUCCUUGGAAAACCCAGAUAGGUGACCAAAUACUCUGGGACAAAUGGAAGAUGCCUGUCUUUGUGCUAUAAUAUCCCAUAAAUCUUCGGGGUGUCCAAAGGCUCUUUAUUGUCCCUGUUUGUAAUCGCUUUCUUACUUCUACACACUGUGUGUUUGCUUCUUUAUCUGUCUCCCUUUCCGCUCCAGGACUCUUCAGAAAGACUUUUCUAGUUUUCUCCAUGUCACAGCAGAAGAAGCUGUGACAUGAUGGAUUAAAUCUUUUUUUAAAAAAAACUACGUCACCUAUGUAAAAGAAAACAUUACAUCCCGAAAGGGGAAAGUGAUUUUCUUCAUGUGGCAUGUCUGUGGAUAACUUUCCAAAGGGUGUCAGUAGCGGUGGUUUGGUUUUGCUUGAAAGGGGCAGUUGUGACUUGAGUAGGCAGAAUAAUGAACAAGGAACUGACUCGCUUUCGGUCCCACACUGCCAUGAACUCAUCACAUAUCCGUAGACAGAUCUGUCACCUCCCUGCUGUACUGUGUUUGUAAAGUGUAAAAUAAAGAUCAUGGUAGCAUCCCUGCUAUAGCCCUCACAGGGAUGUAGGGGGGCAAUGUAAGAAAAAAUAUAUAGUGACAUCUUGAUUGUUGGAAAGAGAUGUCAUUCAAAGAGGAACACCCAAUCCAUAGUGAAAGAACUUUUGUCAGGAUGUCCCUCCUGGUCUAGCUACCAGCCAGGGAGGUAGUGCCCAGAGAAGGCCCAGCCCAGGUACAGAUCACCUGGAAUUUACUGUAUGAGGCGAUGCUUUUUUUUAGCACUUCAGAGGCAACACAGAUUAUUCCUGUCAUUAUCAGUUGGACUCCAUGCCACACAUUUCUAAGAAUUAAAUGCCUAGAUGGAUUAAGUGUAGUGUGUGAAUGUUCUGUGUAACAGCCAAUAGAGUUUAACAAGUGACUUGAAUGAUUUUUCCUAACUUGUUUGCAAACUGAUAGCUCAUAUUGAAUGUUUUUAUGUAAACUUUGUAUUGUUGGGAAGAAUUACCCAAUCAGAGAUUUAUAUUUUCAUAAAUGUUACAUUUAGUUAAAUUUUGUUACAGAGUUGUUACACUAGAAAAUUACUGCAGUCUUCAAAUAAUAUAGUCUUGUGUAUGUAUUG